AUGUGUACCAUAGCCAACAUUCAGCAGAAGAAGCAGCUGGAGAAGGAAACUGGUGUGAAGAUCCUGGAGGCUGGUGUCAGUGAUAAGGGCAGCUUGAAACAGAUCCCGGUGGUCAAGGAGAGUCAUCUGGAGUCUGGUCAGUUCAUGGUCUUGGCCAUCAUCUCCAUGGUCCUGAUCACGGGGGCGCUGGCAGUGUCUGGCUGGUUCUUCUGCCUGCGCCACCGCUCCCACCUCCAACUGAAGGAGAAACUAGCCAGCCUGGGGACUGACACCAGCGCUGAUGCAACCGCAACCUAUCAGGAGCUGUGUCGCCAGCGGAUGGCUGUGCGGACAUCGGAGCGUCCGGAGCGUGCGGAGUGCCCGGAGCCUCUGCGGCGCCUCUCGCGGCUGAACAGCUCGUCUUCUCAGUUCAGCGAUGGGGGACCCAUAGCCAGCCCCUCGGCCCGUAGCUCCACUUCCUCCUGGUGCGAAGAGCCUGUCCCCUCCAACAUGGACAUCUCCACCGGACACAUGAUACUGUCGUACAUGGAGGACCACUUGAAGAACAAGAACCGCCUGGAGAGGGAGUGGGAGGCGAUGUGUGGUUACCUGGCUGAGCCCGGUGACUGUUACGUGGGCCAGGGCGAACACAACACCAAGAGGAACCGCUCUGACGCCGUGGUUGUCUAUGAUCAUUCCAGAAUCACCUUGAAGGCUGAGAAUAACCAUGGCAACUCGGAUUACAUCAAUGCUAGCCCAAUUAUGGACCAUGACCCGAGGAACCCCAUGUACAUCGCUUCACAAGGCCCUCUACCCUCCACCGUGGCUGACUUCUGGCAGAUGGUGUGGGAGAGUGGCUGUGUGGUCAUCGUCAUGCUAACGCCCCUGUCUGAAAAUGGAGUGAAACAGUGUCAACAGUACUGGCCAGACGAGGGCUCCAAUGUCUACCAUGUUUAUGAGGUGAACCUGGUGUCAGAACACAUCUGGUGUGAGGACUUCCUGGUCAGGAGUUUCUACCUGAAGAACUUGCAGACCAACGAGACACGCACUGUCACGCAGUUCCACUUCCUUUCCUGGGUGGACCACAGCAUCCCUGACUCAGCCAGGACCCUGCUGGACUUCCGUAGAAAGGUUAACAAGUGCUACCGGGGUCGGUCUUGUCCAAUAAUUGUCCACUGCAGUGACGGGGCUGGCAGAAGCGGAACGUACAUUCUGAUUGACAUGGUCCUCAAUAGGAUGGCUAAAGGUGCUAAAGAGAUUGAUAUUGCCGCUACCCUGGAGCACUUGAGAGACCAAAGACCCGGCAUGGUCCAGACAAAGGAGCAGUUUGAGCUUGCACUGACAGCCGUAGCGGAGGAGGUGAAUGCCAUCCUAAAGGCUCUUCCACAGUGAAACUCGACGCCGCCCCACACCGUGCCACGUCUCGCUGUCUAAACACAUGUUUUUCUGCCCACUCAAGUCUGACAUCUCGCUUAUGCCCCAAAUGGCACCCUAUUCCCUAUGUAGUGCGCUACUUUUGAACAGGGCCCAUAAGGGUCUGGUCAAAAGUGGUACACUAUGUAGGGAAUAUUGUGGUGCCAUUUCGGACAUACCUACCUAUCUUCUCUUGUUUCUCUCUCCUCUGAUUCUCGCUCUUGGUAUACUUAUGAACGUUGUGCCAGAUACUUGACCGACAUGGUCUUCUUAAGUGUGAUGUAUUCUGUUUGCAGUUGUGUUCCAGUACCACUUACAGAUAGCUAGACAAGGUCACAUGUGUUCUCUCUAUCUCUUUGUGAUCUGAAUAAUCUAUUAUACUAAGAAUCAGAUAAUUGGUUAUUGAUGUGUGAUGAAUAUGAUAUUGUAUUCAAGGCCUGAACAUCUGUGUCCUGUAUAUAGAGAAGAUGCUUCAAAGAACAAUGUCGAUGUGAUCUUUACUAUUAAAGUUCUGAACCACAUUCUAUGGCCCUGUUCAAAUACAUUCGAAAUGCAUCCUUCCUUCCUUGAGAAUCUGUAAGUGAUAUACACUACCGGUCAAACGUUUUAGAACACCUACUCAUUCA